UUGGCUUUACACGCCAUCAAAGAAGAACUUACUUACCACAAAGAUGGCUGCAUGUAUGUCUGCUAACCUGUCCGAUCAUUCUUUCAGUACUAAUGAUUUGGUGCCGGAAUGGACUCGAGAAGAAGUCAGCACUGGGACAACUAUAAUGGCUGUGGAGUUUGAUGGAGGGGUUGUAAUGGGUGCCGACUCCAGGACAACAACGGGGGCUUACAUUGCCAACCGUGUUACUGACAAGCUGACCCCCAUACACGACCGCAUAUUCUGCUGCCGUUCGGGGUCUGCUGCGGACACACAGGCAGUUGCAGAUGCUGUCACUUAUCAGCUGGGCUUUCACAGUAUUGAACUGGAUGAGGCUCCUCUGGUUCAGACAGCAGCCAACCUGUUCAAACAGAUGUGCUACAGAUACAGAGAGGAGCUGAUGGCUGGCAUCAUUGUUGCCGGUUGGGACAAAAGAAGGGGUGGACAGGUGUACACAGUCCCCAUGGGAGGGAUGCUGGUGAGGCAGCCAGUGUCGGUUGGCGGGUCUGGAAGCUCUUACAUAUACGGCUUCAUGGACUCUAACUACAAGACAGGGAUGACCAAGGAGGAGUGUCUUCACUUCACUACGCAGGCUCUUGCGCUAGCCAUGGAGCGAGACGGAUCCAGCGGAGGAGUGGCCCGUUUAGCCGCCAUCACAGAGGAGGGUGUAGAAAGACGUGUGGUUCUGGGAAACCAGUUGCCCAAAUUCUUCAAUGCCUAAAGGCAGAUACGUUUCCCAAGAAGACAAGGAGUUACUCCGUCCUCAUUAAGCCCUAAAUUUAGUUCUACGUAAAAUCAGAAGCCAUGCGUCUGUGUUUUUCACCACUUUUGUUUUUGUUAAAUUAGAUUUGUUGUGUAAUAAAUAACGGUCUUGGA